CGCGCCCCUACAUAGGAAUGCCGUCCCCUCUCCCACAACCGGUAGGUUAUUAGCUUGACCAGCUGAAGCGAUUGCCUGUGACGAUAUCUUUCCUCUUGCUCUAGACGAGCCACGUUCCUUUUUAUCCUAAUCGUUCCAUUCUUUGUCGCAUACCAGCCCAGCUGCCUUUUCGCCGCGAUAUCCCAUACGGUACCACUUCAUCACACUCAAUAAUGAUUUCAGACUUGUUCUUGAGUCGGUCGCGGACUCAACUCUAUGGCUAUGACAAAGUUCGCGUGCCUUUUCAUGCGAUUCGUGCGGCUCAGUUGGUAUCCAGCAUCAUUGUAGGCUCGAUCAUGACAUUCUUCAUUUAUCAUCUACAACACGACCACUGGCCAACACCAUGGACUUUUAAAGUGCUCAUGAGUGUAUCCUGGAUCACGAUAGCUAUCCUUGCUGCUACCAUCGCUCUACACUUGCUCAGCGGUCUCAAUCCUCGUCUUAACCUUAUCCUCAAUUCUACGAUAUUCAUCAUUUGGACUACUGGCUUCGGCAUGCUUUCUUGGUGGAUGUGGGGAACUUUGACGCAUUACUGCGAUGUUGGUCACUGGAACGACGGCACUGGCAUCAUGGUGUGCAAGAUCUACAAAGCUCUGUUCACCUUUGCGUUACUAGGACUGAUCUCGACUCUCCUGGCAGUCGCACUGGAUAUCCACAUCAGCCGUAUGAACACCCUGCGCGGUCAGCACUUCCGCUUGAACCUUCGUGGCGACAGAAAGGCCAGCGGCAUUCCCAUGAACGGUCCUUACACCGAUGUCAACUCCCAAUCGAAUUCGCAAGAUAACCUCCACAACUCCCACGAGAGCCUGCCGCACGUUGCAACUGGCGAUGCCUUCGAGAUCCCUACCAUUGGAUCGCAGAAAACAAGGGCUGGCUACACGAUCCCAGAAUCGCAAUUCGAUUAUGAGACUGGUUACCACGGAGCCCAUGCUGAGAGAGUAUUUGGCGCAAAGUAA